AAACAAAAAUGCGAACUGUACGGGUGAUUGUACAAACGGCGGCCGGCGGGUCUACCUUACCGUAGUGCAGUUGAGUCUGAAUCCGAGCCAGCCAGCAGAGGAGUUUUGGCCUCCUGCCCAAUGCAGAAUACUUGGAUUGCUGCAUCAUUGUAAGCCGGAUCAGCUAAAGUUUUUUAAAUAAUAACAACAAUAAUACAUUUACUUUAGAAUGUGUUUUCCACUUCCUUCAAACAAUACUCUCAUAAACUGUCCUCUAGGAGGAAGACAAAAAGUAUUUUUGCACAUAUUUUUCAUUGUGCCAGCCUUUGCCGCAGAUGUGGCCGGCAGGAGUAGGUAGCAGGCUGCCCUGUCCCCGGGACUCUGCGCUCCGCAGGGCGGCCCUCAGUGGCAAUGUCUCGGCCAUCUCUCCACACUGCGUAUCGACUGGCAGGACGGUGCGGGUCUUCAUCAGCUGCAACCCCGACGACACAGAAGCUGAGAGAAAUGCAUUAAAAGAGCAUGUAUAUCCAAAGUUGAGGGAAUUCUGCAGAGAAAACUAUGGGGUAGAAUUUCAGGUAGUGGACUUGUACUGGAAAGCAGAGCCAGAAGAAUGGGAUAGCCCUGAACUCCAGAGGAUGAGAAUGAAACUGCUUGAAGAAUGCCUGAAAACAUCUGCAGGUCCAUGUUUUGUUGGACUCAUUGGUGAAAAAUAUGGUAGCAUCCGAAUUCCAGGCGAGGUUGAAUCAUCAGAAUUUGAAAUGAUUUUGGAUGCUGCUGUUGAAGCUAAGUUGGACACUCGAACCCUCGAAGAGUGGUACUGCCGAGAUGAGAACGCAGUCCCACCAGCUUACUACCUCAAACCUAAAUCUGAAAUGCUGGACAACACUCAAAGUGCAAUGGACACUAAAAUGAAGGAAGAGAACAACAAGAAAUGGCAGAGUAUUGCAGAAGAACUGAAGAGAAUUUUCAAAAUAUCAGUUUCCUUACUUCAAGAAAAGGGGACCAUGAAGAAAAGCCAAGCUAAAAGAUACCUCUGUUCCGCAAUUGAAGAUGAGCUUGACUUUGCUUUGGGAAAACAAACAGCUGCCUUUCUUAAAAAGUGUGUGUGCUACAUUAGGAAAAUAGCCAAUUUUGACAGGCAUGCAAAGCUUCCAGAGAUGGGUCGGUAUAUGGACACUAUAGUGGAGAAUGAGAAAGUGAUCCGAAACCAAGAAGCCCAUGAGAAACUCAUUAAACUCAGGGAUGAAUUUAUUCCAACCAUCGUUGCAUCUUCCAACCUUCGCGUUUAUACUUCUGUGACACAUUGUGAUAUGAAGCUUGGAUAUUCCCAGGAGGUAGAAACUCAUUACGUCGAAGGGCUUUGUAAACAGUUUUAUGAAGACAUGGUUGAUAUUAUACAAGCCACAGUCCAGCAGAACUUUGAUACAGAAACAGAUCCUCUUUAUGAUGAAGUACUUCAGCAUUUAUCAUUGUGCAAAACCUAUGCUUCUUUCUAUGAGUACCGAUGUGAAGCAUUGAAUAUUAUACAUAGGUAUAUUUUGCCUAGCAAGGCAGGACGCAUAAAUCCCUUAAUUGUCUAUGGAGGACCAUGCACAGGGAAAACCUUGCUACUUGCAGAAGUGGCAAAGCAGGCAUAUGCAUGGCUGCAAGAGGAGAUGGGCCCAGAUACUGACCCAGUAGUGAUUGUUAGAUUUCUUGGCUCUACCGACGGCAGCACAGAACUUCGAAGCUUGCUGCAAAGCAUAUGUGAGCAAAUAGCAAUCAACUACAGAUGCCUUGUCCACAGUAAUCCACAUAAAAUAAAUGAUCUGAAGGAGCUUCUUGGUAAUCUCUUAAAUGAAUCUUCAUUUCGUAGACCCUUGGUGAUUGUCUUGGACGCAAUAGAACAGCUUUCAGACAGUGAUGAAGCACGCAAACUCUGGUGGCUCCCUAUUAAUCUGCCUCGGUCUGUAAGGAUAAUUAUUUCAACACUGCCAAACAAACAUGGGAUUCUACAAAAAAUGAGGUGCCUUAUACAUGAUGAAGAUAACUACAUUGAGCUUAUGCCACGUGACAGAAAAAUGUGCAGCCAGAUACUGAAACAUCAGUUGCUGAAAGUAAAACGUAAAGUCACCUCAGGGCAACAAAUCUACGUUAAUGAGGCACUUGCAAAGUGUACUUUGCCUAUGUUUGUUAACCUGAUUUUCAGGGAGGUUAAGCAUUGGAGAUCACACAAAGAUGUUGAUGAUUCAUCAUUAUGUGUUACUGUUCAUGAAAGUAUUGAACAAUUGUUUUGGUCUCUUGAGAACAAACUUGGGUCAAGAUUUGUGUUUAGAGCACUGGGCUACAUCACCAUUGUGAGAACUGGUUUAAGUGAAAUGGAGUUAGAGGACAUCCUUUCCCUCGACAACAGUGUUUUAAAAGACAUUAUCAUAAGUACCAAUCUACAAAAUCCUUUAAGAGUCGCAUACAUUCUCAUAGCAAAACUGAAGGAAGAAUUAAAUGGAUACCUCAUAGAAAGACAAGUUAGAAAUUUGACGUUGCUUGUAUGGGCCAAUAGGCAUCUGCAGUUAAUUGCUCAAAAGCUGUACCUAGGCAAUGAAGAAGAUGUGCACCAGAUGCAUAGUCUUCUUGCUGAGUAUUUUUUAGGCGUCUGGUCAGGAGGAAGGAAGAAAAUGUUCCAUUGUGACAGUCACCAUCUUAAUUCAUUUGAUUUUAAUCAGAGGAAUCCUGACAGUAUUGAAAGUGCAAUUUGUGAUGAGUCUUCCUAUGACAGACAAACACCUGAACAACCCUGGGUGUUUCAGUGUAGCUCUCUUGAUCCAGACAUCUUCUUUGUUAAUCACCGGAAAAUGACAGAACUAUUAUAUCACUUAACCCGGAGUGGAAGGACAGAUGACUUAAUGUUUGGCGUCAUAAUGGAUUUCAGCUGGCUCUACACAAUGAUCAAAAUUGGUCAGUUUGAAAGGGCGCUCAUGGAUAUUGAUAUAGGUUAUAAUUAUACACAGGAGAAAGAGCUCAAGUUUCUCGCAUGCACUCUUCGCAGCAUAAAACUUAAAGUGAUAAAAAAUCCAAAUUCCCUUUCUGCAGAGUUACAGCAGAGACUUUUGCCGGUGGUCACCUCACUGCCAAAGCUAAGACAUCUUCUGUUGGAAUGUGAUAAAGAUGGGCCUAAAUACUGUUCAAUUGUUCCUUUACAUUCCUCUAUGGAUGUUAUCUACAGUCCAGAACGACUUCCACUUUCUUCAAGUUGCAUGCAAAUUGUUGAUGUUCUCCCAACUUUGAGUCCUAGUAUUAUUAUUGCUGCUUUGGAAAAUGGUUCCAUUAGCACAUGGGAUGUUGAAACUAGGCAGCUCUUAAGGCAGAUUGACACGGCUCAUUCUGUAGUGCUUGGGAUAAAGCUUACAAGUGAUGAGAAAUAUCUUGUCGUGGCAACAACUAAAAACACAUUGCUUAUUUAUGAUAAUCACAAAUCCUGCCUUUUGUCAGAAGUAGAGAUCAAGGGUUCAAAACACAGCGGCGUUACAGGAGGUGUUGCGUUCAUCAAUGGUUUCACAUUAUCUAGUAACCAUGCCCUCGCGUGGCUUGAAGCAAGUAAAGAUGUUAAUGUAAUUGAUCUCCUUUAUGGCUGGCCCUUAUACCAGUUUCACUGUUGGUAUGAAGUAACUUGUGUUCAGUGUUCACCAGAUGGAGUUUAUGCUUUUUGUGGACAGUACCUCAACACCACAACAAUAUUUCAUUUGGGGAGUGGAGAAAAGUUGUCCACUGUGACAUCCGAGUUCUCUGGGGGGUUCGUCAAAGCACUUCUUAUUCUGGAUACUGUGCAAGAAAUGGUAAUGAUUGAUAAUGAAGGGAGUCUCUCUGUUUGGAAUACAGAAGAGAUCACUAACCCCCAGUUAAUUGAAGAUUUUGACUGUAGAGGAGAAGACAAUGAAGUAGUUAGCAUUGAGCUGUCAGAAGACCAAAGUGCUAUUCUAAUAUGCAAAGCCAGGAGCAUUGAGGUUCUGGAUACGGGUUUAUGGAAGAUGGCAGAAAAGUUUAAAGCCAAAAGGAAUGAGCGUUUUGUUUCUGCAGUCCUUUCAAAAACUGCAGAAUGUAUUGUAGCUUCCAUGGAAAAUACCUCUUCCAUUUUUGUAUGGCGAAGAGACAGCGGGCAGUGCAUGGCAAGCUUACAAGAAAUUUCAGGAGCCACAGUCAAAUUAAUUAAAUCUAAUCAUCACAACUUGCUCUUGUCCCUUACGACUAGUGGAGUGGUGUCUAUUUGGGACAUAGAUAUUAUUACAGCAAUGUCCAACAUAGACAAAACUGGAAAGCCCAUUCAGAGUCUGUUGUUACCUGGCCGAGGGGAACUUAUCUAUACCCUUGACGGCUCUGAGUCAGUUUACAAGUGGAAUUUUAGCACAGGCUUUAUUGAGUCUGUGUUUAAACAUGAGGGAAUUGUGGAGAACUGUGUGCUAACGUCAUCAGGGGAUUUAAUGGUCACUUCAGAUGAUAAGUGCAGUCAAUAUGUAUGGCACACUGUAACUGGUGAGAAUAUUUUCCGUAUCAAUGGGCAGAAAAUAUCUCAACUGUUGAUUACUCACAAUGAUCAAUUUGUGGUUUCACUAUGUGAACAAAACGCAUCUCGAGUGUGGAGAUUAGCUACUGGCCACAAGGUCUGCAAUAUUCUUGUGGCCCUACAAAAUGCAUUUAUAACAACAGCUAAUACAUUCUUAAUUGGCAUGACAAAAAACAAGCUGUUAGCAGUGAGCUUAUGGUCAGGAAGUGUUAGUAAAAAAUUUUGCUGUGAUGAUGGAACCAGUAUUGUUAGUUUUAAACUUAUUCCUGAUUGCCCGGACUUUGUAGUUUUUAUUACAUCCGCAGAAACUGUUUACAUUUGGAGUGUGGCAGAAGAGUCCAUCUGUAGGCGGGUACAGCUUCCUAAUAAUUUUUUAAAAAAUCUAGAUGAUUUUCAAAUAUCUCCCAAUGGCAAACUAGGAAUUGUUUCAAGAGGGGAUGAAAACAUAAAUGUCCUUGAUUUGCACAGUGGAAAACUCAGGAUUGUUCAUGCUUCUGGUGUCAUCUGGAGACAGAGAUUAUCUCGCGAUGGACGUUAUCUUGUGUAUAUCUGUUUUCAAAAUGGUGAUGAUGAGGAUGACAAUGGUUUAGUCUUCAGCCUGAUUGUUAUGAGAUUGGCAGAUGGCAAAAGCAUUGGUGCUUGUUCACUUUACAAAACUCCUACUUUUCUUGGUCUGUCCCAGAGACAUUUAAAUAUCAUAGUUGGAUUUGAAGAUGGAAGUCUUGGCACCUACACCGUGGUAGAUCGUGUAGAUGCUGCCUUAAAGAUUAAGAUUGCAACAUCUAAUAGUCGUCAAAUUGUUAACAAUGCAUCACAAAAAGUUAGACCCAAAUGUUCAACAUUUUCUUUCAAGACAGCUGCUGAUUGUGUUUGGAGGGAAUCUACAGAGGUCUUUGCAAGAGAUAGUCCUAUUAAUGUUUCUGACUCAGGUGAGGCAGAGACAACACCGACAAAGAAGCCAAAUUAUUGUUAUGAUCGGGUGUGCUCUGCAAUUGAUUGCAAAAGUCCAAGCUUCCCAUCAGAGAGCUGAAUUUACAGUUUUGCUGGUGGCAGCCUGUAAAAUUGGGCAGAGUCAGUAAGAGAAUAUGUAGCUCAUAAAACAGUCAUCCAUUUUCUGAACAUACUUAUCUCUUACGGUUUUGUAGUACAGAAGAACCCAGUGGCAUUGGCCAACCAUGAAGAGAGUGCUACUCCAUUUCAUGGCACAUUCAUGGUCACAAAGAUCCAUACAGUGAUAAUAGGGUCAUUUAAAUUUAUAUGAAAAUGCAUAUUUUUUGAAUAUGGGAGCACACAUAUGUGGCAAACUUCUGCCUUGUUUCAUUUUAAGCUAUUUAUCAAUUACCUUUCUUAGUUAAUAUCUAACAUUAAAAUGUUUGUUCACUUUUUCUGAGCCCAUUUUUUUCAAUAACCAGUAAAUGCUACUAAAAUAACAAUGCCAUCUCCAAACUGCUUAACCCAAUUUGUGGAUGCAGAAGCCAGAGCUUCGUUGACUGGGCUCUCUCCAUUUACAGCUAAACCUUCACUACUUGUUGGUGUGCUAAUUUUAGGCAUAUUCUUAAACAUAACUCUUUGACUAGGCCAGUAGUAGUGAGCAGAGUGGUCACAGAGUGACUUCCUAAAGGGUUACUGGAAACCAUUCUAAAAAUAAGUGUUGUUAUGGCCUUAAAAGUUCUCCUUAUUUAAGUAGAAUCUGAAGUCAAUUGUUUAUGCUUUGAAGUGCCAUUGCAACAUAGUGUUGUCAUUUCGAAUCAGUGAUGAGUAGCAUUGUUCAUUUGACAAGACACACCCUAGUCAAAAAACAGGCAACGACAUAAUAAAGAGUAUAUUACUCGUGACAGCAGCUAUUUCAGUAAAUUGUUUUAAUGUCCAUAAUAUUGUAUAACUUUGCUUAUUUUUUCCAUGAUUGGGUGCAGUUAUAGUCCCACCCAGGAAUAUAUAUUUAUAUUUUUGUUAUUUUGGAAUGGUUGCUUUAUUGCCAUAUAAGGUUAAACCUUUAAAACACUUAAUUCACUUGAAAAAUUGUAUCCAUAUCUUACGGCAAGAGUAGUGAGUAAGGAGAAUAAUAAUGAUGACUGUCCCCCUCUCUCUGGCAAGCAGUGACAAAGAACAAAGGCAAUAAAAGAACAGAAAAUGUACUGAAAAAAGUCAAGUUUAGAAAAAAAUGUUUCAGAUUUAUUUUUAAGAUGUUUCAGUAUAAUAUUUCUCAAAUGUUAGCAACCUGUAUUCAGUAGUAGCUUCCUGUAUACAUUAACACAGAGGAUACCAUAUCAUACUUCAAACACAGCCCAUUAUAUUCUCACACUACACACUGGUCUUCUAAUUAAUGUUUUCCUGAUUGAAAUUUGAAUAACUUUUUUACUGAAUUAAAAAGAGGCUGCAUAACCUUUGUCCAUUUAUUACUACUUAAAAUACAACAAAAACUUUUAUAGCACCUGUUAAUCAAAUGGAAAAUGUUCAUAUAUAAUAACUGUUGUUUUUACUGCUCCACUACUUAAUGAUAUGUACUGCGUUAUGCACAUAAAUUCAGUGCCUGAAUUUUCCAGUGGUUUGAAAACACACCAUAUUUCUACAGUUGCAGGGAGAAACUUACAAAAUAAGGCCUAGAUUCUGAACAUUUUUUAAAACUGCAAUUUGUCAGUUAUACUUAUGUAAUUUAACAAAAGCUAUAUUUGAAUACAACUCUUUUUUAAAGCAUGAACUCCAAAUAUUAAAAUCCUGCAGAGUUAGUUUCAGUUAAUUAUAUUCAUUUGUCACAUACCAACUCUUUAUUCAGCACAUGCAUUAUUUAUGACAACAAUAUAAAAUAUAACUUUGUGUGGUAAUACCAGGAAUGCCAUGAUGGAAACACAGAAAGCCCUAACACAUUUGUAAAACAUGUUAAAUGUAUUGGGCUUAUUUGAAAAAGCCAAACAAAUAAAACUAUUUAUAAAAUUAAUCAUUUUCAGACAGUAAGAUGCUCUUUUAAUGUAAAAUCACAUUAAUGUCUAACCUGAAUCUAUCUAUCUAUCUAUCUAUAUAUAUAUCUAUAUAUAUAUAUAUAUACAUAUACACUUUUGUGAACCUAAUUUGAGCAGUGAAAAAGGGCUGUUAUCCUGUUCUCUCUGGAACUCUUCAGCCCAUUCUAUACAGAAGAAAUUCAUGACUUAUUUAAUUAGCUGAGGCUAACUUUGCAGUUUCUGUUCUAGAAUAAUGAGCAUUUAAAAAUAUCAGAUUCUGCACUAUGGGUCAGUUUCCAGAAUUUUUUUAAGUUCUCUCACUUCUCAAUUGCCAAAGGAUGAUACUGUAUUUUUUGUAAUUUGUUGAAAUGUGUGUCAUGUUCAGUCAUUUAUGUUUUAAUAAUACCGUAUUUUUCCCAUUGUACAUACAUGCUGUAAAUAUAAUUUUAUGAUUUCUAAUAAAAAGUCAGCAUAGAUCUGUUAUCCUACUACUUUUCAUUAGGUUCUGCAUACAUUAAUAUCUAAUGGAAUGCUAGUGCAAAGUUACCAGCUACAAGUGAAUGUCUCAAUCAAAAGCCAAUAUAUUAUAUACAGUACAGUAUGUAGCCUGAAUGGGUUUAAUAACAUGUUUGCAAAUGAUAGAAUAAAUACUGGUAAUGAAUGUUUUUAAGGUAUUAUUUGUAUUGUCAGAAACUCUUUCUGUUUAGAGAUUUAUAUUUUCAUAAAUGUUGUAUUUACAUUUUGUUACAAAGUUGUAUACCUAGAGUUACUCGAAAAUGAUGUCAGAGCAAUAUAAAACUGUGUUUAUGCAUUGUCUGAAUGGAUACUUUUAAAAUAAUAAAAAUAAAAGUUUAA